ACCGGAAGUAUCAAGAAUGGCUGCUUGUUUUUGCUGUUUACGAUGUUGUUGGGACGGCCCCGGCUUUAAUUCGGGUCAUAUACCUCUAAAAGAAAUUCCUACGGUGAAACUUGACACUACAUUGAUGGGUAAUGAUGUAGUAAUUGUAAAGGACGGUCGACGAAUCUGUGGAACAGGAGCAGCACUUUCCAAUGCACCAAUCGCACAAGAUAAGGCUUAUUUUGAAGUGAAAAUUCGAAGUACAGGUGUAUGGGGAGUAGGACUGGCCACAAGAAGGUGUAACUUGAACACAGUGCCCCUGGGAGACAACACCGAGUCCUGGGUCGUCAGACAUGACGGGUCUCUAUUCCAUGACAAACAACAGAAGGGGAAGUUGUCAGAAACUCCUCAGGAAGGAGAUGUUUUGGGUCUUACAUAUGAUCAUGUCCAGUUAAACUUCUACCUUAAUGGCCACCCUUUGUCUUGUCCAUUCACUGGAAUGAAAGGGACUUUGUAUCCAGUGUUUUAUGUGGAUGAGGGAGCAGUUAUUGAUGUCCAGUUUGACAAAUUUUACCACCAGCCCCCAGACGGAUUUGACAGCAUCAUGAUAGAACAGUCACUGUUGUGACAUCAUCAAAGGUUUCUUUUUUGUGACAGUCAUGGAGUGGUAGUGACAUGCUUUUGCACCAGGAUUUGAAAAUUUUAUUUUUAUGGAGGAUGUAAUCUGCAGCAAUGCUGAUUAAAAUAUACAGAACAGAUUUGAAUGAUCCAGUGUCUUGACAUAGUACAGGAAUCAGUUAUGGCUAAGUUGACAAGGAAAUAUUGUUUUAAAAGUUCAACCAGAGAUGUCCAUUUUACAUUUCAGUCUGUUCUUCUUUGACACAUCAAUGCAUUUUCAAGAACUGGCACCACAGAUUACAGACCAUAGCUUUAUGGAACUCCAGAUAACAAAUGUGAUGGUGGAGUACCUAUUUUACCAUAAAGACAAGUGCAAUAUGAUAUACUUUAUGAUUUAUUUAUAAAUUAUAAAAUACAUGUCUACCCAGGUUGUCAUAUUUCCAAAUGUGUGAUAGAUUACAAUUAUGGUAAUGUUUCGUUGUUCAAUGUUCAGUCAUGACAGGUGAUAUAAGAAGGAAGUUUUGUCACA